AUGGCACGAAAUACCAAUUCGAACAGUGAAUCAGAGUCCAGGGCAAGAUCGACAAACGUGAAUGCCGCGGCGACCGCCGCCAGCACCGGCUCCCGUUCGAACGUUAAACAAAGACUGACUGCGGCGCAGCAGCAGUACAUCAAGGAGCUGGUCAGGACCAGCAUUACAAACAAUCACCCUAGCUUGACGCGCAAGCCGGAUCCCGUAGAUUUCGAGUCCUACUCAGAUGACUUUCUGCGCCGCUACAAGGACCACUACCACAUACCGAUGGCAGACAACAUGACGCUCAGAGGCUAUCUUCUCGGAUCGGAUUUGGGCUCCAAGACACACUCGUACAAGCAGAACCGCCCGGGGUCGCAGAAUGCCAGGGUUUUCAAGAAGGAUCUGGCGUCCGAGGUCAAGAAGCACUUCACGUCGCACACCGUAAAGGAGACAGAGUGCAUACCGCACUUCAUCUACAAGGUCAAGAGUCAGAAAAGAAGGUUCAGAAUGGAAUUCAAAGGUUAA